GGGACCCUGGCCUGUUGUUGCUGAGGGACCCUGGCCUGUUGUUGCUGAGGGACCCUGGCCUGUUGACGCUGAGGGACCCUGGCCUGUUGACGCUGUGGUGGCUCGGCAAGUUGGAUAGAAAACUGAGAUCCUCCGCCAGUGAAAAGGACAUGAAGUGUGUGAUUUCCUUGGAGGGUUUUGAAUUUGAGGUCUCCGUUCGACGCAGUUUCCAUCGUCGCUUGGAUAUCUUCCAGACGGAUUGGCAGAGUAUUUGGGAUGAUUUUGUUGCCUUGAAGGCAGACAAACAUAUCUACGUCACUUGUUCGGUCAAUGCAACGCUGGAUGCCGUGCUGAAUGCCUCGGGCAAUGUUGCUGAGUGUCUCGUUGCUCACGGCUGUUGCCUCACCUGCGCUUUUUGCAAAGAAGGCAAUCUUUGCAUCUUGAUUACAAAGGGACGACAUGGUCGGUGUUUUGUAGGCAAACGAAUGUUUUGUGCCAAUGCCUGAAAAUUGUGUGUGGGAAAGCGAUGCAAGCUCCAGUUUUGGAGCGCUCGAUCGAACAAAAUCUUUUUCCUUGCUCCGUUGGUUGAGUGUGGGAGAAGCUUCUUUGUCCGGAGGGCUUGUUUGCCCAUUGAUAUUGUUCCGAGUACAUUCUGUCUGGAACAUUCUGGCGGCACAGCCAGGCUUGUUGCUGCGUCGAUAGUUGCAAUAAACCUCGCCUCACACUUUUCGUUUCGGUUUUAUUUCUUUGUCAAGAUCAAGAUGAACUCGGAGCGCCGAAUUGCCGCUGAACGAGCAGGUUCCUUUGAUGGCGGGCCAUCUUACAAGACGAUUGUUGAGCUGAAGCCCAUCGAUGAUAUUCAGAAUAUGGGAGAAACUAGGCACAUUGCUAUUGGAUUCGUGACUUGUGACAGUAUCAUUCGAGACUACCGUGGAUCUGCAACUUUUGAUCAGAUCCCAGGCACUCCUUCCUUCCGCUUUUUUAUUCGAGGCGUCCGGACGGAGAGGAACGAUGAUGGGACGAUGAAGGAUGAUGAUGAUUCUAUGAAUGGUGGCGUUAUUGAAACAAUGGAGCUUCGACUGACAAGUCGAUUCGAGUGGUACACCAAGUCCCAGAAGAUCAAGGGCAACGAAACAAGCGGACGGAUCAUUCGAGUGAAAUUUCUCCGCUCGGAAGAAGAGCAGCACGCAAAUUCUAUUGCACAGAUUGAUGUAAUUGUGCCCAAGUCAAAGAACGAAGAUAAAGGGAAGCUCCUUGAACUUGCCAUGCAAUACGCUGCCAGCCUUGUUGAUGCAAAUAUCGCGCAUCUCAAAUUGAAAGAAGAAGAAGCCAAGCAGUUAGCAAGAAGCAGCUCUGCAUCUGGUGAGUCCGUUUGACUGCCCUCAAUUCUAUCUGGCCAACCCGACAACCAAAAACUUUGUAUUGCACCUGUAGCCUCUAUAAGAUUUAUUCUAGUAAUAUCGUUGUCUAUC